AUGGAAAUCUACCGCCUAUCCGCUGUCCAUGACGCCAGUGGCGGCAUCGACACCAAGCGGAACAUCUACAACGACGCAGUCGACUCUUCCCCCUCUUCCUCCAAAGGAAGCCCUCUCUACUCUUCAUGGCUGCCCCUCAUCCACAACAGCCUCUCCUCUCUCCUGCGCUGGACGGGGACCUACCCGGCCGACGUGCAGGAGUCCCACCUCGCUUUUGUUCGUGACGUCGUGGUCCCCCGCCUGAAGCCGCCUGCCGCGGCCGACAGGCUGCACUACAUCGGGACACACAGCCACGGCAUAUACGAAGCAAGCCUCGCCUUUGGCUCUCACAAACCGGCCAGGGUGCGGUUCACAGUGCAGCCGCUGGUGGAUCCCAGCCCUCAGCGCGGUGACCCCUUGGGCCAGAAGGCGUUGCGCGAGACACUGGACAGUCUGGCGUCUGCAUGCGGUGCGGACCGCGCGUGGCUGGAUGCCUUUGUCGAUUCCGUCUUCCUCACUGCCGAAGAGGAGGCGAGCUUGGUCGGCAAGGCGGCGGCGGCGGCGGCCGGCGGUGGUGGUCCCGGUGCUGCCGGUGGGCCGCUGCGGCAGAACGGCUUUGUCGCGUUUGAUCUAGAGGCCAACAUGGAUGAGAGCGGGAAAGCGGCCACCGUCAUGAAGACUUACCUGUUCCCGCAACUCAAGGCCAUCGCGACGGGCCGGAAGACAGUGGACACGACGGAUUCCCUCGUGAGGCGGCUUGCCCAGGGCGACAAGCAGAUGCUGGCCUCCUGGGAACUGCUCAAAACGUUCCUCGUCAACGACGGCGGGGAAAAGAUGAACAUUGACUUCCUCGCCAUCGACUGCCUGGCGCCCAGCAAGGAGCCUCGCUUCAAGGUAUACGUCUCCUCCCACUUCAAGUCGCUCGCCGGGGUCCGUGAAGCCUUCACCCUGGGCGGCCUUCUUCCCCGUUCCUCGGCCGACUUUCUGCCACAAGUCUGGCCGCAGCUCAUGGACAUGGAAGACGUUCCCCCGGCCGCGAUGGAGGACAUGGAAAAGCCGCUCAGCAAUCCCGACAGCCAUUACAAAGGCGUCGGCUUCGCCUUCUCGGUGGUGCCGGGCCAGGCGGUUCCGCAAAUCAAGAUGUACGUGCCCAUGUGGCAGUUCGCGCACGACGAGGCCAAGAUCGUCGAGUGCUACCAGCGCGUGCUCCAGACGCAGGGUACGAUGGGAGACUACGACAUUGGAGCUGCUCUCGAGGGCGCCUUGUGA